CACUAAACGGUCCCUCAUUCAUUGCUCGAUACACAAGUGACGAAAUCAUUCUACCCUGAGCGUUUUGCUAACGAUCCAUUUAAAGCUGAACGAAUCGAAUCGCCUGUUGUGCAUCGAGGUACCGCCACGUUUUUUGAGGCUCUGAAUCUUCGCUAAAUUCUGUUGUAUAGAUUUUUAAACAACUAUUUUACAUUUCCAGCAGCCAUGACGCCUCACGCGGACUCACCAACCCGACCUUUGAACGGGCUAUUUGCAGGCUGCGACUUAGACAGAGACGAGCAUCGGACCAGCGGUUUCGACACAAUGCAUCAAAACUUUCCCGAAAACUCUUCUCUUCUAUCUCACACGUGUCCUGACGAGUUACACGACUUAGUGUGCGUCGGAUUCGGACCAGCAUCACUAGCCAUAGCAGUAGCUCUCCACGAUGCCCUAGAUGGAUUCAGUCCCGCAUCUGAUCUUUCCGCUCUUCAAGGACGAGCUCCAAAAGUAUGUUUUCUCGAAAGGCAAGCUCAAUUCGCUUGGCAUGCUGGAAUGCUUCUCCCCGGCGCAAAAAUGCAGAUAUCCUUCAUCAAAGACAUGGCCACCCUCCGCAACCCGCGAAGCGAGUUCACGUUCAUCAACUACUUACACAGAAGCAACCGACUCGUUGAGUUCACGAAUCUCAAUACCUUCUUGCCCCAAAGAAUCGAGUAUGAGGACUACAUGCGGUGGUGUGCAGGCUGGUUCGAAGAUGUCGUCGAAUACAGCCAAGACGUCGUUCAAAUCGUCCCAGAGAAGUCGUCCGAGAGUCACGGACAGACAAAGGCUUUUGUCGUUACAUCGAAGAAUAGCUUGACGAGCGAAAUCUCUACGCGGAGGACAAAACAUGUGGUCAUUGCUGCAGGAGGUCGUCCCAGCAUCCCCGCUCCCUUCCCGGAACACCACUCCAAAGUAAUCCACUCUUCGAAGUUUUCUUACCUCGCGCCAAAGAUCUUGAGGGAUCCUGCGUAUCCGUACAAGAUUGCUGUUGUUGGCAGUGGACAGAGCGCGGCGGAGAUUUUCGAUAAUUUGCAUGCGCACUACCCGAACGCGAAAACAACGCUCCUGAUUAAGAGCGGCGCUCUACGACCGAGCGACGACUCGCCUUUUGUCAAUGAGAUCUUCAACCCCGACCGCGUGUCUCCCACCUACGCCCAAAAUCCUCUCCUCCGCGCCGCCACCAUCUUAGAAGACCGCGGCACGAAUUACGGCGUCGUGCGUCUAGACUUGCUAGAACGCAUAUACGAGACCCUAUACACCCAACGCAUCCGAUAUGGCAACGACGCCGCCGCCGAGGCUGAGUGGCCUCAUCGCAUCCUGCCCCAUCGUAUAGUCAGCGCAGUAGAGGAAUCUUCGGCCAUACCUGGAGGUGUGAGGCUGACUAUCCGUAACUCGAGUCCUCAGUUUUACUCUGGUGCGCUUCCUGGACAAGAUUUUGAAGAGGUUAUGGAUGUGGACGCCGUCUUCGUAGCUACGGGGUACAAGCGCAAUGCUCACGAGGAGCUGCUGCAUGAUGCGAGGGGAUUGAGGCGGGGCGGGGAGCGCGAAGAUGAUGACUGGGAGGUCGCGAGGGAUUAUAGGGUUCUUUUCGAGGAUGGAAAGGUCAGCGAGGAUGCUGGCAUCUGGCUGCAGGGGGCUUGUGAAAAAACACAUGGUUUGAGUGAUACCCUUCUUUCAAUUCUAGCGAACCGAGGUGGCGAGAUGGUCAAGUCGAUCUUCGGCACAGACCAUGGAUCAGGAGAGCAACUCUUUACGAGUGGCGGCAAGAGUGAACACGCACGCUCGUAGAAGCGCUGCUUUUAGCGACCGGGACCACGGUAGAGUUGGACUUUUGUGUUUUCUGGGAUACUAUUCCCGGGCAUUGUAUUCACCCAUUGUGCUUUUGAUGUUGUCGUUUCAUCUUUUCUAUUGUUCUAGACUCGACUUGAGAGAUACUUGAUCGCCGUUAGUCACUCUCGCGAAAUAUGGAAUUGUCAAUCGGUUUCAAACUGGUGAUUUUAUCGGCAUGAAGUUGGUGAAUGGCCUCGAUGAUCUGAUAGUCCCAGCUAAAGUUGAUCU